AUGGAAGUUGGAACAUGGAACGUGCGGACGUCUUCGGAGAAUUGCCUUCCCUGGGCCCGAGAUAUUCAGUACGUCUCGUAUCCCGACUGGGCAGGCGCCAUCCAAUACGGCGAAGAGAUUACCGAAGUCAGUGCAUCGUUCAUCGUGCCCGAGGCUUCGAAGCCCAAGCAUGCAGAGGAGGGCAUCGCCUGGGAGGUACAAGACAACGAUAAGACGGUAUACUCGGCCUGGUCCGAAUGGUGGCCUACCGGUUCCAUCGACUACGACGACUUUACGCUUAAGCCUGGCGAUGUGAUCUUCGUACGCGUGGUAGCAAACGGGAAGACAGGCGGGACAACGUACAUUCAGAACGAGGCCACCGGCCAAACAGCAUCAAAAACCUUUACGAAUGAGCCCUCGCUUUGUCUCACAAGUGCUGAAUGGAUCGUCGAAGACGAUUCUGGCUUCGGACCGAAGCCCUUUGCGAAGUUCACGCCCGUGGAGUUUAUCGCGGCCGAGUACACACAGCAUAAGAAGAGCGUGAGCGGGAUCAAGGGUGCAACGAUGGUGGACAUGGUGCAGGAUGGGUAUGAUGUAGCAGAUUGCAGCAUUGAUGGCGACGACGGCUUGACUUGCAGAUAUACUGGCUAUGGAGAGCAUUGA